AUGACCCCCGCGCCAGGCCCGCAGGCAGCCCGACCGCCAUCGCGUCAACAGGAGCGCGGGGAGGAACCGCGGACCUUCCGCGAGCGAAUGGCACGCAGUUCCUACCCAAGCUUUCAGCGCGACGUCAUUGCCGAAUUUAGCUCCACCUUGGGGGCAGCCGGCCUGGGAUAUGGCUAUUACUACAGCACUGGCAACAACUACUUUCUCAACCGAGAUGGCUUCAAGCGCAUUGGCAACCCCUUACCAGGCCAAGUAGAUUUAACUGACGAACAAUACAAUAUCCUGGUCUUUGAGCACGUCAAAGAGCUGUGGACGCGCUUUGGAUCGCUCUUUGAAAUCUGGUUUGAUCAUGGGGUCUCGGCGGAUCAGGAUCAGCAGCUAGCCGCAUUGCUCAAGCAGUAUCAGCCCCAAGUCGUGGGCUUCAACGGACAGGGGAUCAUGACCAGCCCCAUCAAGUUCGUGUAUCACAUGACGGUUGGCAACAAUCAGGUGCUUGAGCUGGACUUUGCGAUCGACGACACGGGCAAUGUACCAAGUGAUGCCUCGGCGGUGUACCACGCACUUGGUGCAUGGACUCGAGCGUGCUACGGCAUGCCAGUAGCCAAUAUGAGUGGCAACAGUAGCUCAGUCUUGCUGACCUUGCCAUCGCCAGCCACUCCUGUUGAUCGAUUUAUCUUGCAGGAAGACAUUGACUUUGGCGAGCGUGUGCGACAAUGGCACAUCGAUGUGCAGGUGGAAACCGGUGACUGGAUGCCCUUUGCCAAUGGCACGGCCAUCGGCCACAAGCGCAUUGUCCUGGGCUCGGGGCCAAGCAGUUCGCUUACUGCAGCCCGCCUAACCGUUGACUCGGCCGUAGCUUCGCCCGUCAUUCUCGCCUUUGCGGCUUUCAAACCCUGUCCCGAUCCCUAG